UCCAGAUGCAGCGAUAAUUCCGGGCGUUUUAUUCGGGUGAACACAGUAGGCAUGGGCUGUGUGUAGCUUCUAGGGGCAAAUCAGCAAAAAGAUGGCUGCAGACGUCAUUGGUGAUCUCAUCAAAAUAUUUCAGCCAAAAUCAAAACGGCGACCGAGCUUUGGGCUUCAGACAGCUGGAUGGAAGGUGUAUGAAGGACCUGAAGCGAAAACGGUAGAAGCUGGACGCACAGGGUCAAGGAUUUGGAGGCCCGCAGUGAGGGAUACCCAACUUCCGGAGGAACGUCAUGGCUUCCAGUAUGACCUGGUUGUUAUUGGGGGUGGUUGUGGUGGACUAGCCUGUGCGAGAGAAGCUGCCAAGUUUGGAAAGAAGGUGGCUGUUUUGGACUACGUAUAUCCGAGCCCGGCCGGAACAGUGUGGGGUCUGGGAGGCACCUCUGUGAAUGUCGGGUGUAUUCCAAAGAUGCUGAUGCACCAUGCUGCAGUUGUUGGUGAGGCAAUUGUUGAUGCUCAGGAAGCUGGCUGGAAUGUGCGAGUGGAUGGUCAUGAUUGGAACAAGCUGGUGAUGAUGGUCCAGGACUACAUUAACUCGCUCAACUUGGGCUAUAAAAUUGCCUUAAGGGAUGCCAAGAUUGACUACAUCCAUGCGUAUGGCCGGUUUGUGGACGCACAUACAGUAGAGUGCAAAGAUAGGAGAGCAGGGGUGCGAGCUAUAACAUCACGGCGCUUUGUUAUUGCUGUUGGUGGGCGUCCUCGAUACAUGGGAGUUGACGGGGAUAAAGAAUUUUGUAUUACGAGUGACGACCUGUUUGCAUGGGAUAAGCCCCCUGGAAAGACCCUUUGCGUGGGGGGCAGCUUUGUGGCUUUGGAAAUUGCAGGAUUCCUGACAUCUCUAGGUUUUGGUGUGACGGUUUUUGCCAGGUCCGUUUUCCUUCGUGGGUUUGAUCAGCAAGCAGCAGAGCAUGUCGUGAGCUACAUGGAACACCAGGGGACAAAAAUGAUCGCCAAUUCAGUGCCGAUCAAGUUUGAGAGGGACGAGAAGGGUAAGGUUUUGGUAACAUACAGUGAGCGAAAGAGCGAUGUUUUUCGGAAGGAAGUGUUUGACACUGUCAUCAUUGCAGUUGGCCGAGAUGCACUGACACUUGACUUGAGACUGGACAAAGCUGGAGUGGAGUUCAACCAAUCCACAGGCAAGAUACGGGCUGUACAUGAACAGACAAAUGUGAAACAUAUCUAUGCAGUCGGAGAUGUUCUCGAAGGGAAGCAGGAGCUUGCGGCCGUCGCAAUAAAAACAGGGACAUUGCUCGCAAAGCGGCUGUUCGGGGGGGGCAAGGAAUUCACGGACUAUUGUGAGGUCCCUGCAACAGUCUAUACACCUCUUGAGUACGGCUGCAUUGGGAUGGCAGAAGAUGCAGCGGAGCAACAAUAUGGAGCUGAAAACAUUGAGGUCUAUGUAUCGUACUUGAAACCUAUGUUAUGGAACUUGAAUAAGAAGAUGCGACCUAAUGGGACAUAUCUGAGGGAAGACCAUGCAUGCUUUCUAAAGCUCGUCACCCUUAUUCCAGAAAAGGAACGCAUCAUCGGGCUCCAUAUUGUUGCCCCCAACGCAGGAGAGAUUGUUGGGGGCUACGCUGUUGCGCUUAAGCUUGGAGCUCGGAAGGAAGAUUUUGACGCAUCAGUGGGCGUUCAUCCCUCAAUCAGUGAGGAGUUCACGCUUAUGAAGGUGACAAAGCGCUCUGGCGGAAACCCGUACAAGCCAGCAUGUGUAUAGAACGGAGCUGCAGCCACCACAUGGAUCAGGCACAGUAUCUAAUAAGAUUGAAGGUUACAGUUCACAGUUCUGUUGCCAUAACGAAGAGGCGCUGAAAUGAAAGACGAUCAGCUUCCGGUUGUGAGCAAGUCAAAUCGCCAUUCAACAUCGCAUAGCCGUGCCAUGCAUCUGAAAGCACCUGACAAUUUCCAAUCGGCCGCAAUAGCUGCCAGGCAACGUGCGCACCUCAAAAACAACAACCCUUUUUGUGUGUUUCUCCCUUACAGGUCAGCAGAACCACAUAGACGGCGCAAGAAGAGUAGUCAGACGGCACACCAAGACUUUGAUCCAUGUAACAAGAUGACACAGGUGCACCAACAAGAUGACAAAGAUGACACAGGUGCUCGCAUAUUUGGUAGGUGGGGUGUGAAUUAGAAUGGCUUGGGAGUGAGCGAUGAGAUGCUUGAGCGAUUGCAAUGAAGGUUCGUGCUACCGUCUUUGGCAUCACCCGAAUAUAACACCCGGCUAUUAUCUCUGGAACCUAGGCCGAAAGUUGCACCAAAUGCAGCUUACAAUGUCAGGGUCUUCUUUUCAAGUUUUGGACAUGCUAACAAUGUC